AUGGCUUUUGUGCCUGCGCCCAGCCCCACUGUGGUCGACCAGACCACACUAAUGAAAAAGUACCUGCAGUUUGUGGCAGCGCUCACAGACACAAACACACCUGAUGAAACAAAGCUGAAGAUGAUGCAGGAGGUCAGCGAGAACUUUGAGAAUGUGACAUCUUCGCCUCAGUAUUCAACCUUCUUGGAACACAUAAUCCCUCGCUUCCUCACAUUCCUUCAAGAUGGAGAAGUGCAGUUCCUCCAGGAGAAACCUACACAGCAACUGAGGAAGCUGGUGCUGGAAAUCAUCCACCGAAUCCCAACCAAUGAGCAUCUCCGUCCACACACCAAGAACAUCCUGUCUGUGAUGUUCCGCUUCCUGGAGAUUGAAAGUGAAGAGAAUGUGCUGAUUUGCCUUCGCAUCAUUAUUGAGCUGCACAAACAGUUCCGGCCCCCAAUCUCUCAGGAGAUUCAUCACUUUCUGGACUUUGUGAAGCAGAUUUAUAAAGACCUUCCUAAAGUAGUUGCCAGGUACUUUGAGAACCCUCAGGUGAUUGCAGAGAACACGGUUCCCUCCCCGGAAAUGGUCGGGAUGAUCACAUCUGUGCUGGUUAAAACGGCGCCUGAGAGAGAAGACAGUGAAACGCGGACGCACACCAUCAUCCCAAGAGGGUCCUUGUCACUCAAGGUGUUGGCAGAGCUGCCCAUCAUAGUGGUGCUGAUGUAUCAGCUUUAUAAGCUGAACAUUCACAACGUGGUGUCGGAGUUUGUGCCACUCAUCAUGAACACCAUCAUGCUCCAGGUGUCUCCACAGGCAAGGCAACACAAGCUUUAUAACAAGGAGCUGUACGCCGACUUCAUCGCUGCACAGAUCAAGACUCUGUCUUUUCUCGCAUACAUCAUCCGAAUCUACCAGGAUCUGGUAGCAAAAUACUCUCAGCAGAUGGUGAAGGGAAUGCUGCAGCUGCUGUCCAACUGUCCAUCAGAGACUGCUCAUCUCCGCAAAGAGCUGCUCAUCGCGGCCAAACACAUCCUUACAACUGACCUCCGCAACCAGUUUAUACCAUGUAUGGACAAACUAUUUGACGAAUCCAUCCUGAUUGGUUACGGCUACACUGCUCGGGAGACUCUUAGACCCUUAGCUUAUAGCACGCUUGCAGACCUUGUUCACCACGUUCGUCAGAGCUUGCCCCUGACAGAUUUAUCAUUAGCCGUGCAGCUCUUUGCUAAGAACAUUGAUGAUGAGUCACUUCCCAGUAACAUCCAGACCAUGUCCUGCAAACUGCUGCUUAACCUGGUCGAUUGUAUCCGCUCAAAGUCGGAGCAGGAGAAUGGCAAUGGGCGGGACAUCCUGAUGAGGAUGCUGGAGGUAUUUGUGCUGAAGUUUCACACCAUUGCACGCUACCAGCUUGUCUCCAUCUUCAAGAAAUGCAAGCCCCAGUCAGAGAUGGGCGUGGUCGAUUCAGGAGCGUUGCCUGGAGUACCGGCAACUCCCACCCCUUCCACCACCCCUGCUCUUCCACCACCUGCUCCUCCCACACCCGUCGCCACCGUACCUCCACCUCCAUCCACACCGUUUGACCGACCUGGUGAGAAGGAGGACAAGCAGACGUUUCAGGUGUCAGACUGCCGGAGCCUCGUCAAGACUCUGGUGUGUGGCGUGAAGACGAUCACUUGGGGCAUUACCUCUUGUAAAGCCCCCGGAGAGGCGCAGUUCAUUCCUAAUAAGCAGCUCCAACCCAAGGAGACACAAAUCUACAUCAAGCUGGUAAAAUAUGCCAUGCAAGCAUUGGACAUAUAUCAGGUGCAGGUUGCUAAUAACCAGCAGACUUACAUCAGGGUGGCCAACUGCCAGACUGUACGUAUGAAGGAGGAGAAGGAGGUUCUGGAACACUUUGCUGGGGUCUUCACCAUGAUGAACCCACUCACAUUCAAAGAGAUUUUUCAGACCACUGUGCCCUACAUGGUGGAGAGGAUCUCCAAGAAUUAUGCACUGCAGAUUGUAGCAAACUCCUUCCUGGCUAAUUUGUCAACAUCCGCACUCUUUGCCACCAUCCUCGUGGAGUAUCUUCUGGAAAGGUUGCCAGAGAUGGGCUCCAAUGUCGAGCUCUCAAAUCUCUACCUGAAGCUCUUCAAACUAGUCUUUGGCUCAGUGUCACUGUUUGCUGCUGAGAACGAGCAGAUGCUUAAACCUCAUCUCCACAAGAUAGUGAACAGCUCUAUGGAGCUGGCCCAAUCAGCUAAGGAGCCUUACAACUACUUUUUGCUUCUUCGGGCUCUUUUCCGCUCCAUUGGCGGAGGAAGCCAUGACUUGCUUUACCAGGAGUUUCUACCCCUUCUACCCAACCUGCUACAAGGUCUGAAUAUGCUUCAGAGUGGCCUUCACAAGCAGCACAUGAAGGAUCUAUUUGUGGAGUUGUGCUUGACUGUGCCAGUGCGUCUGAGCUCAUUGUUGCCAUACUUACCCAUGUUAAUGGAUCCUUUGGUGUCUGCCCUCAAUGGUUCCCAAACACUGGUCAGCCAGGGCCUUCGCACCCUGGAGCUGUGUGUAGACAACCUACAGCCUGACUUCCUCUAUGACCACAUUCAGCCUGUCAGGGCAGAACUCAUGCAGGCCUUGUGGCGUACCCUCCGUAAUCCAGCCGAUAGCAUCUCUCAUGUGGCCUACCGGGUGUUGGGAAAGUUUGGUGGCAGCAACAGGAAGAUGCUGAAGGAGUCUCAGAGGUUACAUUAUGUGGUGACUGAGGUUCAGGGACCCAGCAUCAAGGCUGAAUUUACUGACUGCAAGGCCUCCAUACAGUUACCUAUGGAGAAGGCGAUCGAGACGGCUUUAGACUGCCUGAAGAGCGCCAACACGGAGCCGUACUACAGACGACAGGCCUGGGAGGUCAUUAAGUGUUUCCUGGUCGCCAUGACCAGUCUGGAUGACAACAAGCACGCUCUCUACCAGCUGCUGUCUCACCCCAACUUUACUGAGAAGUGGAUCCACAGUGUCAUCAUCUCUCAUCGCUACAAAGUGCAAGACACACCUGCCCGCAGGACAUUUGAACAGGCUUUGACAGGAGCGUUCAUGUCUGCAGUGAUAAAGGACCUCAGGCCCAGCGCGCUGCCCUUUGUAGCCAGCCUGAUACGCCACUACACCAUGGUUGCUGUGGCUCAACAGUGUGGUCCAUUCCUGCUUCCGUGCUACCAGUCGGGUAGCCAGCCGAGCAUGGCCAUGUUCCACAGUGAGGAGAACAGGUCAAAAGGCAUGGAUCCAUUGGUGCUGAUUGAUGCCAUAGCUAUCUGCAUGGCCUAUGAGGAGAAAGAACUGUGUAAGAUUGGAGAAGUGGCCCUGGCUGUCAUAUUUGAUGUGGCGAGCAUUAUCCUUGGCUCCAAAGAGAGGGCGUGCCAGCUGCCGCUGUUCUCGUACAUUGUGGAGCGACUGUGCGCCUGUUGCUACGAGCAGGCCUGGUAUGCGAAGCUUGGAGGCGUGGUGUCCAUUAAGUUCCUGAUGGAGCGACUGCCUUUGAUCUGGGUGCUACAGAAUCAGCUCACCUUCCUCAAGGCCUUGCUCUUUGUCAUGAUGGACCUCACAGGAGAGGUAUCAAAUGGCGCUGUAGCCAUGGCUAAGACCACUUUGGAGCAGUUGCUAGUCCGCUGUGCCACUCCAUUGAAAGAUGAAGAAAAAAAUGAGGAGCUGUUGGCAGCCCAGGACAAGUCUUUCCACAUGGUCACGCAUGACCUGGUCCGAGAGGUGACCUCUCCCAACUCCACCGUCAGGAAGCAGGCCAUGCAUUCCCUGCAGGUGCUCGCUCAGGUCACAAGCAAGAGCGUCACCAUCAUCAUGGAACCACACAAAGAGGUUUUACAAGAUAUGGUUCCUCCAAAGAAGCAUCUGCUGCGUCAUCAGCCUGCCAAUGCCCAGAUCGGCCUCAUGGAGGGCAACACCUUCUGCACCACCCUGCAGCCACGCCUUUUCACCAUGGACCUGAAUGUCAUGGAGCACAAGGUGUUUUACACAGAGUUGUUGCAUCUGUGCGAGGCAGAGGAUGCUGCUCUGAUGAAGCUGCCCUGUUACAAAAGCCUUCCCUCCCUGGUUCCUCUCCGCAUCGCUGCCCUCAAUGCCUUGGCAGCCUGUAACUACUUGCCCCAGUCCAGAGAGAAAAUCAUUGCUGCACUGUUUAAAGCCCUCAACUCCACGAACAACGAAUUACAAGAAGCAGGAGAAGCUUGCAUGAGGAAGUUCCUGGAAGGUGCCACUAUCGAAGUCGAUCAGAUCCACACUCAUAUGCGCCCCCUGCUGAUGAUGUUAGGUGAUUAUCGCAGCCUGACGCUCAACGUGGUGAACCGCCUCACCUCAGUCACUCGACUGUUCCCCAACUCCUUCAACGACAAGUUCUGUGACCAGAUGAUGCAACACCUGAGGAAGUGGAUGGAGGUGGUUGUAAUAACCCACAAAGGAGGUCAGCGCAGUGACGGCAGUCCUGCACUGGAGGGCGUUGAGGAAAUGAAGAUUUGCUCUGCUAUCAUUAACCUUUUUCACCUGAUCCCAGCUGCACCUCAAACUCUGGUCAAACCUCUGCUGGAGGUGGUCAUGAAAACUGAGAGGGCCAUGCUGAUAGAGGCCGGCAGUCCAUUCAGGGAGCCUUUGAUCAAGUUCCUGACACGCCACCCGUCUCAGACCGUGGAGUUGUUCAUGAUGGAGGCCACACUGAACGACCCCCAGUGGAGCCGCAUGUUCAUGAGUUUUCUGAAACACAAAGAUGCCAAGCCUCUCAGGGACGUGCUGGCUUCAAACCCGAACCGCUUCGUCACCCUGCUGGUUCCCGCCGUGACUGCAGCCACCGUGCGGCCCGGCUCGCCGUCCACCACCACAGCCAGACUGGACUUACAGUUUCAGGCUAUUAAGAUCAUCAGUAUCAUUGUGAAGAAUGAUGAGGGCUGGCUGGCAGGGCAGCAUUCCCUGGUCAGCCAGCUGAGGCGAGUCUGGGUCAGCGAGGCCUUCCAGGAGAGACAUCGUAAAGACAACAUGGCUGCCACCAACUGGAAGGAGCCAAAGCUCCUAGCUUACUGCCUGCUCAGCUACUGCAAGCGAAACUACUCCGAGAUUGAGCUGCUGUUUCAGCUGCUGCGGGCCUUUACGGGUCGCUUCUUAUGCAACAUGACAUUCCUGAAGGAGUAUAUGGAGGAAGAGAUCCCCCGCAACUACUCAAUUACCCAGAAAAGGUCCCUGUUCUUUCGCUUCGUCGAGUUCAAUGACCCUCAUUUCAACGAUGAGCUCAAAGCAAAGGUGCUGCAGCACAUCUUGAAUCCUGCCUUCCUGUACAGUUUUGAAAAAGGGGAAGGCGAGCAGCUUCUUGGACCACCUAAUCCUGAAGGAGACAACCCUGACAGCAUCACCAGCGUCUUCAUUACCAAGGUUCUGGACCCAGAGAAGCAGGCUGACCUGUUGGACUCGCUGCGAAUCUGCCUGCUGCAGUUCUCCACCCUGCUGGUAGAACAUGCACCCCACCACAUCCAUGACAACAACAAAUCACGUAACAGCAAGCUGCGGCGCCUCAUGACUUUUGCCUGGCCAUGUCUGCUGCCCAAAGCCUGCGUGGAUCCGGCCUGUAAAUACAGCGGCCACUUACUCCUGGCCCACAUCAUUGCAAAGUUCGCUAUUCACAAGAAGAUUGUCCUGCAGGUUUUCCACAGCCUGCUGAAGGCUCACACCAUGGAGGCUCGGGCCAUUGUGCGUCAAGCCAUGGCGAUCCUGACCCCAGCUGUUCCCGCCCGCAUGGAGGAUGGCCACCAGAUGUUGACCCACUGGACUCGCAAAAUCAUCGUGGAGGAGGGGCACACUGUGCCGCAGCUGGUGCACAUACUGCAUCUUAUUGUGCAGCACUUUAGGGUGUACUAUCCGGUGCGCCACCACCUGGUGCAGCACAUGAUCAGCGCAAUGCAGCGUCUCGGCUUCACCCCCAGUGUGACCAUCGAGCAGAGGAAGCUGGCUGUGGACCUGGCUGAGGUGGUCAUCAAGUGGGAGCUCCAGCGAAUCAAAGACCAACAGCCGGAAUCGGAAGCUGAAGUGGGAGCGGGCGGGGAGGGGACCAGCGGGGGGUCUGUUGGUGUGAAGCGAGGACUGUCUGUGGAAACCGCCGGACAGGAUGUCAAAAGGUUCCGUACAGCAACUGGAGCCGCCACCUCGGUGUUUGGCCGUAGUCAGGGUAUACCCGGUACGGAGAGCAUGCUCACCAAGCCUGUGGAAAAACAGCACACAGACACUGUCGUCAACUUCCUCAUCAGGGUUGCCUGCCAGGUGAACGACAGCACCAAUGUGGUGGGGUCUCCGGGCGAGCUGCUGUCCCGUCGUUGCGUUAGCCUGAUGAAGACGGCCCUCCGGCCUGACAUGUGGCCUCGCGCUGAGCUCAAGCUGCAGUGGUUUGACAAGCUGCUUAUGACUGUGGAGCAGCCGGCACAGGCGAACAUUUCCAACAUCUGCACUGGGCUGGAGAUUCUCUGCUUCCUCCUGACAGUGCUGCAGUCCCCGGCCAUCCUGGCCCACUUCAAGCCUCUGCAGAGGGGCAUCGCUGCCUGCAUGACCUGCGGCAACACCAAAGUCCUGCGUGCCGUUCACUCCCUCCUUUCUCGCCUCAUGAGCAUCUUCCCCACCGAACCCAGCACAUCAACGGUGGCAUCCAAAUAUGAGGAACUGGAGUGUCUGUAUGCAGCAGUGGGCAAGGUCAUCUAUGAGGGUCUUACCAACUACGAAAAAGCCACCAGCAACACAAACCCCACACAGCUCUUUGGAACACUGAUGAUCCUGAAGUCAGCCUGCAGUUACAAUGCGAGUUACAUCGACCGCCUCAUUUCAGUGUUCACGCGCUCACUACAGAAGAUGGUGCGGGAACACCUGAGCCCUCAGCAAGCCAACCCGGGGGUCACCGAGACCAACACAGUGACCAGUGAGCUGGUAAUGCUGAGUCUUGACCUGGUGAAGACCCGGCUGUCCGUCAUGAGCCUGGAGAUGAGAAAAAACUUCAUCCAGGUCAUCCUUACGUCGCUGAUUGAGAAGUCACCCGACCCCAAAAUCUUGCGUGCUGUGGUUAAGAUUGUUGAGGAAUGGGUGAAGAACAACUCCCCCAUGGCGGCAAAUCAGAUGCCCAACCUACGUGAGAAGUCCAUCUUGCUCGUGAAGAUGAUGACCUACAUAGAGAAGCGUUUCCCAGAUGAACUUGAGUUAAAUGCCCAGUUUCUGGAUCUCGUUAAUUACGUCUACAGGGACGAGAGUCUCUCAGGAAGUGAUAUUACAUCCAAGUUGGAGCCGGCCUUCCUCUCGGGGCUGCGAUGCACUCAGCCGCUGAUCCGAGCCAAGUUCUUUGAGGUGUUUGAUGCCUCUAUGAAGCGUCGUGUCUACGAGAGGCUUCUGUAUAUCUGCUGCUCUCAGAAUUGGGAGGCCAUGGGCAGCCAAUUCUGGAUCAAACAGUGCAUAGAGCUGCUGCUGGCAGUGUGCGAACGAAACACCAUCAUCGGCACCAGCUGCCAGGGCUCCAUGCUGCCGUCUAUCACUAAUGUCAUCAACCUGGCCGACAGCCAUGACCGUGCCGCUUUUGCCAUGGCAACGCACAUCAAGCAGGAGCCACGGGAGAGGGAGAACAGCGAGACCAAGGAGGAGGAUGUGGAAAUAGACAUCGAGCUAGCACCUGGUGAUCAGACGGCCAUCCCCAAAACGAAAGAGCAGGCAGAGAGAGACACAGGCAAUCAGCUACACAUGCUCACCAACCGCCACGACAAGUUCCUCGACUCGCUGCGGGAGGUCAAGACGGGGGCGCUCCUUAAUGCACUGGUGCAGCUCUGUCACAUCUCGACACCUCUGGCUGAAAGAACCUGGGUGCAACUCUUCCCUCGCCUGUGGAAGAUCCUCUCUGACAGGCAGCAGCACGCUCUGUCAGGAGAAAUGAGUCCUUUCCUGUGCAGCGGCAGCCACCAGGCCCAGAGGGACUGCCAGCCGAGCGCCCUCAACUGUUUUGUUGAGGCCAUGUCUCAGUGUGUCCCUCCAAUUCCUAUUCGGCCCUGCGUGCUGAAGUAUUUGGGCAAGACGCACAACCUGUGGCUGCGCUCGACUCUAAUGCUGGAACAGCAGGCCUUUGAAAAGGGCCUCAGCUUGCAUAGCAAACCCAAGCAGAGCACAGACUUCUAUGAACAGGAGAGCAUCACACCACCACAGCAGGAGAUUCUGGACUCCCUGGCUGAGCUCUACUCUCUGCUCCAAGAGGAGGACAUGUGGGCCGGCCUGUGGCAGAAGAGAUGCAAGUUUCCAGAGACAGCCACAGCUAUCGCCUAUGAGCAGCACGGCUUUUUUGAACAAGCUCAGGAAAGCUACGAGAAAGCGAUGGAGAAAGCUAGAAAAGAGCACGAGAGGACCAACGUAUCCCCAGCCAUAUUCCCAGAGUAUCAGCUCUGGGAGGACCACUGGAUACGUUGUUCUAAGGAGUUGAACCAGUGGGAACCGUUGACAGAAUAUGGCCAGUCCAAAGGUCACUCCAACCCUUACCUGGUGCUGGAGUGUGCCUGGAGAGUUUCCAACUGGGCUGCCAUGAAGGAGGCUGUGGUCCAGGUGGAGCGGAGCUGUCCCAAGGAGAUGGCGUGGAAGGCGAACAUGCACCGAGGCUAUCUGGCCAUCUGCCACCCAGAGGAGCAGCAGCUCAACUUCAUAGAGAGGCUGGUGGAGAUGACCUCCAGCCUGGCCAUCCGUGAGUGGCGGAGGUUACCUCACAUCGUCUCCCACGUGCACACGCCGCUGCUGCAGGCGGCACAGCAGAUCAUUGAGCUGCAGGAAGCAGCCCAAAUUAACUCAGGACUCCAGCCGGCCAACCUGGGCCGCAACACCAGCCUCCAUGACAUGAAGACUGUGGUGAAAACAUGGAGGAACCGACUGCCCAUUGUGUCCGAUGACCUCUCCCACUGGAGCAGCAUCUUCAUGUGGCGUCAGCACCACUACCAAGCUAUAGUGACGGCAUAUGAGACCAACACACAACAUGAUCCCAACAACAACAACGCCAUGCUGGGAGUUCAUGCCUCGGCAUCCGCCAUCAUUCAGUAUGGCAAGAUAGCACGGAAACAGGGUUUGGUGAAUGUGGCUUUGGAUAUCUUGAGUCGGAUCCACACCAUCCCCACAGUGCCCAUUGUUGACUGCUUCCAGAAGAUCAGACAGCAGGUCAAAUGUUACCUGCAGCUGGCCGGUGUAAUGGGAAAGAAUGAAUGCAUGCAGGGUUUGGAGGUGAUCGAGUCAACCAACCUGAAGUACUUCACCAAAGAGAUGACGGCUGAGUUCUACGCUCUCAAGGGCAUGUUCCUGGCUCAGAUUAACAAGUCAGAGGAGGCAAACAAAGCCUUUUCAGCGGCGGUCCAGAUGCACGAUGUCUUGGUGAAGGCCUGGGCCAUGUGGGGCGACUAUCUGGAGAACAUCUUUGUGAAAGACCGCCAGCUCCACUUGGGCGUCUCCGCCAUUACGUGUUACCUCCACGCCUGCCGCCAUCAAAAUGAGAGCAAGUCUCGCAAGUACCUCGCAAAGGUUUUGUGGCUGCUCAGUUUUGAUGACAAGAACACGCUGGCGGAUGCUGUGGACAAGUACUGCAUCGGCGUCCCGCCUAUCCAGUGGUUGGCAUGGAUACCGCAGCUUCUGACCUGUUUGGUUGGAUCGGAAGGCAAACCUCUGCUUAACCUAAUCAGCCAGGUGGGACGAGUCUACCCUCAGGCGGUCUACUUCCCUAUCCGCACCCUUUACCUGACCCUCAAGAUCGAGCAGAGGGAGCGCUACAAAAGUGAUUCAUCUGGACAGCAGCAACCCACUUCGGUGGGGGCCCAACCUCAUUCAGGCGCCUCUGACCCUGGGCCCAUCCGGGCCACAGCCCCAAUGUGGCGCUGCAGCCGCAUCAUGCACAUGCAGCGGGAGAUCCACCCCACCCUGCUGUCCUCGCUGGAGGGCAUUGUGGACCAGAUGGUCUGGUUCAGGGAGAACUGGCACGAAGAGGUCUUAAGGCAGCUCCAGCAGGGCUUAGCUAAAUGCUACUCGGUGGCCUUUGAGAAAAGCGGCACCGUGUCUGAUGCCAAAAUCACGCCGCACACGCUCAACUUUGUCAAGAAGCUGGUCAGUACCUUUGGCGUCGGUUUGGAAAACGUCUCCAACGUUUCCACCAUGUUCUCCAGUGCUGCCUCAGAGUCCCUCGCCCGCCGCGCCCAGGCCACUGCACAGGACCCUGUUUUCCAGAAGAUGAAGGGACAGUUCACAACAGACUUCGACUUUAGUGUGCCAGGUUCCAUGAAGCUUCACAAUCUCAUUUCUAAGCUGAAGAAGUGGAUCAAGAUUCUGGAGGCCAAGACCAAGCAGCUUCCCAAAUUCUUCCUCAUUGAAGAGAAGUGUCGUUUCCUUAGCAACUUCUCUGCACAGACAGCUGAGGUGGAGAUUCCCGGCGAAUUCCUCAUGCCCAAACCGACUCACUACUACAUCAAGAUUGCCAGGUUCAUGCCCAGAGUGGAAAUUGUUCAGAAACACAACACUGCGGCACGGCGUCUAUAUAUCCGUGGCCACAACGGCAAGAUCUACCCCUACCUGGUGAUGAACGAUGCUUGUCUGACUGAGUCUCGCCGAGAGGAAAGGGUCCUGCAGCUACUCCGCCUCCUCAACCCUUGUCUGGAAAAGAGAAAGGAGACAACCAAGAGACACCUCUUCUUUACUGUGCCUCGAGUGGUGGCAGUGUCGCCUCAGAUGCGGCUGGUAGAGGACAAUCCUUCGUCUCUGUCACUUGUGGAAAUCUACAAGCAGCGCUGUGCCAAGAAGGGCAUUGAGCACGACAACCCCAUUUCUCGAUAUUAUGACCGUCUGGCUACUGUACAGGCCAGAGGUACACAGGCCAGCCACCAGGUCUUGAGAGACAUCCUGAAGGAGGUGCAGGGAAACAUGGUGCCUCGCAGCAUGCUGAAGGAAUGGGCGCUGCACACUUUCCCCAAUGCCACUGACUAUUGGACCUUCCGGAAGAUGUUCACCAUUCAGCUGGCCCUCAUAGGACUGGCGGAGUUCAUGCUCCACCUCAACAGGCUUAACCCCGAAAUGCUGCAGAUAGCGCAGGACACAGGGAAGUUGAAUGUCUCCUACUUCCGCUUCGACAUCAACGACGCCACAGGCGACCUGGACGCUAAUCGUCCUGUGCCAUUCCGUUUGACACCAAACAUUUCAGAGUUUCUCACCACCAUCGGCGUGUCCGGGCCGCUCACCGCCUCCAUGAUUGCGGUGGCACGAUGCUUUGCGCAGCCGAACUUUAAGGUGGACGGCAUCCUGAAGGCGGUGCUUCGGGAUGAGAUCAUUGCUUGGCACAAGAAGACCCAGGAAGACACGUCCAUGCCGCUGUCCGCAGCCGGCCAGCCGGAGAACAUGGACUCCCAGCAGCUAGUCUUGUUGGUCCAAAAGGCCGUGACGGCCAUCAUGACCCGCCUCCAUAACCUGGCUCAGUUCGAGGGAGGAGAGAGUAAAGUUAACACCCUGGUGGCUGCGGCAAACAGCCUGGACAAUCUCUGCCGUAUGGACCCCGCGUGGCAUCCAUGGCUCUGAUGCAGAGACCGCCUCCGGGAAAGAAACCACCGACCGUGGCGUUGGAGGAGCACCACUGCACACUGCUGUGACAUCACUCUGGUUUAUUUGUUGUGACGAUUGGACGCUGAAAUAGCUUGUAAAGUGGGGUCAAGGUAGAACAAAAUCUCCGGCGCUCGUUAGAGGGCACCGGCAUCAUAUACCUCGUCAACAUCAAGCUGGACUGAAUUCCUUCAGCUUAUUUUAUUUAUUUAUUUUUUUUUACUAAAGAACAGUAAAUCCUUCUGAUGCCAGUUACCGACGGGGGUAGCGGUGGCGUUACAAGCGUGUGUUUGUGCCCAUAUUGUUAUAAGCCACUUGUACCAGCCAAUGGGAGAUGACUAUUUAAGAAAUGGGACACACCUCCUGUUGUUUUCUAUCAGUGUUCUGUUUCCCCUGCGUCAAGAGCCCACAGUUUAUCAACUUUUUUUUUCCUCCCCUGACAAUAACCACUUAGUGUUUUAUGUGUAGCUUUUCUUUGUUAUUGCUGUCACAGUGCAGUUUCCCUGAAUGACGGAGGAAGAGAAAUACUUCCAAAUAUUUUUUAAAAAUAGCUUCUUUCGCUCUUCUUUUCCCCGACAUUCCAGUCAUACGACUUAAAAAUAAAAAAUAAAACUUUAAUUUUUGACUGUAAUAAGCUUUAACAGCUAGAAUGCACAUAAAUAAAUAAAUACAAAGCAGUU